UCUACUAACACAACAGCAGGUUUAAACACACGAGAAUGUAUUUCCACAGUUAAUUCUUUCACUAAACCUAUAAAAAGUGGUGAUGUCAUCACUCCUGUUUUGCCAUGUGGAAGCAGAAUGAAAUGACUUGCCCAAAGCCAUACAAAUUAAAUAGAGACUAGAAAUGAAAUGCAUGAUUUCAAAUCCAAUGCUCUUUGUUCCAAGGCGAGACCCUCCUCACUGAAGAAAGAUCACAUUAGGGGCUAGAAGUCGUGCUAUAACUAUAACUAUCCCGAGCGUAAGCUUCUAUGUAAGCUCAGAUUCUCUUAAGUUUUCAAGCUAGACUCCCAGGCUCUCACUGACUCUCACUGAGUCACUGAGUCUGUGCCUUUCUCGGAUGUCACCAAACCUUGUCACCCAGGCAAUGGUCACGACUUCUCUUAGAACUAUAUCCAUUUUUUUACUGUGUUGUGAAAUACAGCGGUGUCUGGGGUUCACAGCCCUAACCCAAUCCGAGAGAGCAGAGGGACAAAGAACCCAGCUAAGCACCUUCUCAAGAUCUCCCGCCACAGAGCCCUAGAGUAGCCAAUCACAUCGCAAAAUUUCAGUGAGAUCAUCAGCUGCUGAGCAGACUGGAAUUGUUUCUUCUCUUGGGACAGCAGUGCAGGGAGAAGUUUGUCAGUGGUCCCAGCAUGCACAACAGUUAUAUGUGUUGGAGUGUGCUGUGUCAAUAUCAAGUAGGAAACAGGAUUGACUUUCCUGGAGCACGGGAUGCUGGAGGGACAGGGAGAAGCCAGGCAAUUGCAUCUGAGAGAGCAGAGCCCACCUCCCUAUGGGAUGAAUAUUAUUAGGAUGUGCCAAAUGACAGUGAAAAUCUUUGUGAGGCGGAUGGUUUGAACUCUCAGGACAUACACCAGUCCCUGAGUUGAGAACUAAGGCUGCUUUGGAGAGAAGAAAAUCCCCUGAGAAUCACAACCUGCCUGCUUCCUGUCCUGCCUGCUUCCUGUCCUGUCUGCCGCCAUGCUUCCUUAACUAGCUGCUAGGUUUUUUCCUUGUCGUGAUGAAAUCCACCCUCAUGGACCUACACUACCGAACUGGACUGCUGGUAUAUUCAUGAAGUGCUUAUGAGUGGAUCGAGCAGCCCCUAUGGAUUCCUGUGAACAGAACUGCUGAUUUACUAACAACGCAGAUGGAAGUUGCUUCAAAGAACAACUUCUGAACAGAGAAAAGUAAGAAACCUCGAAUCGUUUAUGCAAUCCUGAAGAAUGAGAAGUUUGGAGGACUGACAUUACCCAGCUUCAAGACUAACAAUGGGGCUGCAGAAACUGAGACAGUGUGACCGUGGUGGGAGAAUGCACACUUACAAAGCUGGGCAUGUGUGCUGCGCUAGCAGAGGACCCUGGUUGUGUUCCCAGCACUCACAUCCAUCUGUCACUCCAGUUCCAGGAUAUUCAAUGCCCUCUUCUGGUUCCCACAGUUCCUGAAUAUAUGAGGCACCUUACCAAAGGGAAUAGAUGAAUGUCAGACAACUAAGUGAAGAGAUGCUUUGUCUCAUGUGUCAUUAGCAAUGGCAUAAAGCAUAAGCAAGGACGUCACACCCUCCUUUCCCAUCUGGCUGCAAUCCAGAGCUCUGACAGUACCAUGUACUAGCAAGGUCAUGAACCAACAGGAACACUAGCUCGCUGCUGGAGGAAAUGCAAGGUGGAACAAUGUUGGUGGGUAGCUACUCAACACAUAGAACCUUCUCACAUUUGAUCUGUCACAGUAAGCAUGCGUAUCAUCAUUGUUGAUGCCUUGUAUUAGAAACGAGAUCUUCACAUCAACAGCUCUGAAUUUGGGCUUAAGAGUCUUGAGGUAUUGUUGCCCAUUCUGUGAAUAAUACAAAGGCAGUGGGAACAAGACAGUACAGAGGACUUGAUUCAGGAGACUUGAGGUCUGGCCGCAUAGUCAUCCUUUAGAAGCUGGGUGGCGUCAGGUAAGUCAUUGUGCCUCAAAUCCCAAAUUGAACCAACAAUUACUGCAGAGCUGGUGUUUUCCAGGUAUGCCGUAAAGGGCACUUUCACAUAGUGUAACAGCCCUCCCUGUUUAGAAAGAGGCCAGCCUAUCAUAUAUGUCUUUCUUAACCCUUUCCAUCUCUCAGGCUCCCUGUGCGAGCACUUGGCAUAUGCAUUCUGCGAGGCAUAGCACUGUACUCUCAGAUUGCAGCUGCACCUCUUGCUGGCCCUGAGGAUUGGAGUGCAUUUCCUUCGCUGAUAAUCCACCCUCUACCCAGCACCUCACUGUGGCUGUAUUUCCUGGUCCUUUCAGUUGAACCCAGAACCUCCCACAUAGGAGUCAAGGGCUCUACUGCUGAGAUUCAUUUUCGUCUCAACCAAUAGUUUACAACUUUUUUUUGAAGACUUAUUCUAUAGUAAAAUGAAAAAUUGUAUGUAAAUAAGAUAAACAACCUUUGGAGGAAUCAAUGUCUUAAUUUUUCAUAUAAAGUGUGAUUAACUGUGAUUAUGUUUUUAUCGAAGAUGGGUGUAGAAAGAUUAAAAUUUCACACAGACCAGCAGAAAGCAUGCUGAGGUGAUUAGCAUCCUCCACAUACUAAGUCAGAGGAGAUUUCCUACUUCCCGUUUGUCGAAGGGACUGGUGCCCUGGUGCAGACUCCUCGCUGUGGCUAUUCUGGGUGUAUUGUAUGUCUUAAGUUGGAAAGGGUGCUUAUGGUAGUUUUGGGCUUUGAAUAUGAGCACCACCCACGUAAGCAGAGAUACUCUGAUCUCUUCCUUACCUGCCCAGUUUUUACCGAGAGUGGCAAGGUCUCAUUAACUGUAGUCUAUAGAGCUCAUUGAAAUAGUCUGCAGUGGUGGGAAAUGUGAGGGUCUUUGACCUGUUGUUUUCUUCUCAUGAAUCCCCCUGUUCUGGUCUUAUUUCUUCUACCUUGUUCACUGCAAAGUAACAGACUACUAGCAGUGUUAAUGAUAUUGUUACACAACGUCAUCACAUACUGAAGCACACUGCUUGUUCAUCUCUUUUCACCACUCUUCACCUAGGCAGUUGACAAUUUCUCACAGAUAUGUGGUUUUCUUCACAUAUUUGAAAACAAGGCGUUUAUUCAUCAUAGACACUGGAGGCGGUACAAUCCCAAUUUGGACCUUUUUGUUGAUGUUUGCAUUGUUUGUAUUUUCAUGCAGAAUUUUAGACUAUGUUUUCGAUGAAAUUUAAUAACUCUUGCCUCCCUAACAUGUCCUUUAUGUAUAUUGUUUAGGAAGUUUUCCUUUUUCUCAAUGUAAAGUGAAGAAAAAAAAUCCAGUGUUUCUCAACUGUACUGCUAUUCCUAUUUAGCUAUUGUAUCUAGGUGAGUAUUUAUUUUUCUGUGAUAUAAGAUAAAGAUCAAUUAUUAUCAUCUCCCACAUAAUUUUUCUGAAUACUGUUCUUUGCUGAUAAUUCUUUCUUUCAGAUUUAUUCAUACUGUUUAUGUGCCAUGUUUUUUGUAUAUGUGGUUCUGAUUUUAUUCUGACAUUUUUCUGCUUACCAUUUGACUUCCCUAAUUAUUAAGUCUUUAAAAGCAUUUAUAGGUAGUCGGCAGAGUGUUACUUGGUGAAUAUUUUAACAUAUUUGGUAUCUUUUUGUCCUUAGCUUUGCAUGCAGAUGUAGAAUUAUCCUUACAUGAUUUCUCUGAGAUUUUGCAUGUAGUUUGUCUAUUAAUUGACAAAUUGACAUCUUCUUUUUAUUGAAUGUUCCCAUUCAGAAUAUCACAUACAUCCUAAAUUAAGAGAGAGAUAAAUUAAGGAACAAGGGAAAGAAUCCUUAAAUAGACCAACUCAUAUAUGGGAAAGUGAAUUUUUUUGGAAAACAAAGAAGACAUGGUCUUCUCCAUACAAUCACGGAAAAUUUUUGCCACGUGCACAAAAGGAUCUUUGUAUAGUUUUAUACCAUAUACAAAAGAAUCCAGAAUAGGUCAUAGAUAUACAAGUUAAACCUUUUAAGUCUCUAGAGAAGAAUACAGGAGAAAAAUCUUCUGAUCUUGAAUUUGAAGAGAUGGGACAGCAAAAUAUGGUCCUCAAGUGAAUGAACUGGCUGAUCCUGGGACUGUGAGAUGGAGAGUGAGUACCGGGAAAUGCUGUUGUUGACCGGCCUGGACCACAUCACGGAGGAAGAACUGAAACGGUUCAAGUACUUUGCUUUGACUGAGUUUCAGAUUGCCAGGAGCACACUCGACGUGGCAGAUAGGACAGAGUUAGCUGACCACCUGAUUCAAAGUGCAGGUGCGGCGUCUGCAGUGACCAAGGCCAUUAAUAUUUUCCAGAAGUUGAAUUAUAUGCAUAUUGCAAAUGCUCUUGAAGAGAAAAAGAAAGAAGCUGAACGUAAACUCAUGACCAAUACAAAGAAGAGAGGAACACAGAAGGUAGAAAAUAGAAGUCAAGCUGAAAACUGCUCUGCUGCCUCUGCCACCCGCAGUGACAAUGACUUUAAGGAACAGGCUGCUACAGAAGUCUGUCCUCAAGCUAAGCCUCAGAAGAAACAGAUGGUGGCAGAACAGGAAGCCAUCAGAGAAGAUUUACAGAAAGAUCCACUUGUUGUCACGGUGCUGAAAGCUAUAAAUCCCUUUGAGUGUGAGACUCAGGAAGGAAGACAAGAGAUAUUUCAUGCAACAGUGGCCACGGAGACAGAUUUUUUCUUUGUAAAAGUUUUAAACGCACAGUUUAAAGAUAAAUUUAUCCCAAAGAGGACAAUUAAAAUAUCAAACUACCUUUGGCACAGUAACUUCAUGGAGGUCACCAGUUCCUCAGUUGUGGUUGAUGUUGAAUCUAACCACGAAGUCCCAAAUAACGUUGUUAAGAGAGCCAGGGAAACUCCCAGGAUUAGUAAACUGAAGAUUCAGCCAUGUGGAACAAUUGUGAAUGGGCUGUUUAAAGUCCAGAAGAUAACAGAGGAAAAAGAUAGAGUACUGUAUGGUAUACAUGAUAAAACAGGGACAAUGGAGGUGUUGGUGCUGGGAAACCCAAGCAAAACAAAGUGCGAGGAAGGAGACAAGAUUAGACUCACGUUCUUUGAGGUGUCAAAAAAUGGAGUGAAAAUUCAGUUGAAAUCUGGACCUUGUAGCUUUUUUAAGGUUAUUAAGGCUGCAAAGCCAAAAACUGACAUGAAAAGUGUGGAGUGAAGUCACCUCAUUUGAAAAACCUUUUCCUGAAGAAUCCUGAUGCUGCUCCUUGAACUAGACUGAACUACCUGAGGAUAGCAUUUUACAACCUCAUCAUCAUAUUGUAUUACUUAGAAAAGGACAAAUACUCAAAAAACAUCUGAAAAAUAUAUGUAAACUUAUUAUUAAUUAAGUUAUUAAGACUGCCCAACCUGGGGAUCCAUCCUAUAUACAACCACCAAACCCAGACACUAUUGCAUAUGCCAGCAAGAUUUUGCUGACAGGAUCCUGAUAUAGCUCUCUCUUGUGAGGCUCUGCCAGUGACUGACAAGUACAGAAGCAGAUGCUCACAGUCAUCUAUUGGAUGGAACACAGGGCCCCUAAUAAAGGAGCUAGAGAAAGUACCCAAGCAGCAAGUGGUCUGCAACGCUAUAGGAGGAACAACAACAUGAACUAACCAGUACCCCCCAGAACUGUGUCUCCAGUUGCAUAUGUAGCAGAAGAUGGCCUGGCCGGUCAUCAAUGGGAGGAGAGGCCCUUGGUCUUGCAAAGAUCAUAUGCCCCAGUACAGGGGAAUGCCAGGGCCAGGCAGCAGGAGUGGAUGUGGGUGGGUUGGGGAGUGUGUGUGGGGGGUGUUAUAGGGGACUUUCGGGAUAGCAUUUGAAAUGUAAAUGAAGAAAAUAUCUAAUAAAAUUGUUGCUUUGUCUAAGGUUUGAGAUAUCAUUCUUCUCUACAUAGACACUGAGGGUAUAAGUAUGGCGGGAUUGCAGAUGUGACAGCAGGGCCUUGUCGGAGAGACGCCUGUGGGUGAUAGAGAAGAUUGGUGAUAUAUAAUUUUUUAAUUUAAAAAUUUUAAAUUUCCUUUUGGGGAGGAGGUUACAGGUGGAGGAGGGUGGGUAUGAUAGUACUAAGAAAUCAGUGAUAUUGGGGUAUGUGAUGUGAAAUUCCCUAGCACUCAAUAAAAGAAUUAUGUUUUUAAAAAGAAAGAUUGUUGAUAAAUAAAUAAAUAUGAUUUUACUCAUGAUUCAGAAAGUUAGAAAAAA